AGCUUCCGGUUUCCGGCGGAGCCCACAGUCGUCGCUCGCAGCCGUCAUGGCGGCCGAGGAGAAAGACCCCCUGAGCUAUUUCGCGGCUUAUGGGAGCAGCAGCUCAGGCUCCUCGGGUGAGGAGGAUAACAGCGAGCCGGAGGAAACAAGUCGCAGGGCCCCAGAUCCUGCUAAGUCGGCGGGAGGCUGUGGGAACAAGGAGGAGAAGAGGCUGCCGGGACCCGACGAACUAUUCCGGAGCGUGACUCGCCCGGCCUUUCUCUACAAUCCGCUCAACAAACAGAUAGACUGGGAGAGGCACGUCGUUAAGGCGCCUGAGGAGCCUCCAAAGGAAUUCAAAAUAUGGAAGUCAAACUAUGUACCACCUCCGGAGACCUACACUACUGAGAAGAAACCUCCCCCUCCAGAGCUGGAUAUGGCAAUAAAAUGGUCUAACAUAUAUGAGGACAAUGGUGAUGAUGCCCCACAGAACGCUAAGAAAGCUAGGCUCCUGCCUGAAGGGGAGGAGACAGUGGAAUCAGAUGAUGAAAAAGAUGAGCAUACUUCUAAAAAGCGCAAAGUAGAACCAGGAGAACCGACAAAGAAGAAAAAGUAGAAAAUGACAAAUCACAAGAAUUUCUGGACUGCGAAACUUGUUGAAACGGUUUUUUUGGGGCAGAUUAAGUUGAUAUUUUAAAUUAUUAUGAAACAACAUCUCCAUGAAAGUACAUGUUAAUUAAUAAGUAUUGCUAUGGGAACUUUCCACUGUAGAAUUCAUUUUUUUAUUUAAAACUUUAUUUAAAACUCAAGUGGUUAUUUGUGAUUGUGAAAUUGACAACACUUGGAAGCAUUCUUGCUAUCACAGAGUUGGUGACAUACUUUGAAAGUUGUGUCACAUGUCGACAUGCCAAUGUUCUAUGAACCUUUUAUAAAGGAAUAUAUUUUUAAAGUAAAUAUAUUGUAAUGUACUGUGAACUUGUAGGGUGCUUUUCAACAGUGUUUGUACAGUGUAAAUAGAUCAUGGAAAUAAAAUUACUUAUUCAAUAUUGCUAUUAUUGCAUAACAUUAACAUUUGAAUAUUUGUCCGUGACAAGUAACCUCUUUGCCACAUGGUGUUUUAAUAGUAGGUAUUACCAUUUAGGGAGUGCCUCUUGUGUUCCAGGUGCUUCGUGGGUGCUUUUUCUCUGCUCUUCAGACAGCCUGGUAAAGCAGAGAUUAGUGGCUUCAUUUUGUAAUAGAGAUUAAUUUAUUCAAGUUUCCAUAGCGAGUGAGCAAUGAUUUUGUGAUUUAACUCAGGAUACUUGACUUCCAAAAUCAUCAAAUUAAGCCACCUACCCACCACUCAAAAUUUAGUUGUCUUCUAAAGGAAUUGCACUUGUCCUCUCUUCUAGGUACUCUCUGUGGUAAGUAGGGAGAUCUUCCUCUUCCCUGAUUGUAUUACUGCACCUUAUCAUGUAAGUCUUAUGUGAUGGUUUUUCCUUAAUUUCCCUGUUAAAUAGUUUGCUGAAGAUAAGGAUUCUGCAUAAAGAAUUGCCAGAUGUAGCAAACAAAAAUACAGGAUACCCAGUUAAAUUUGAAUUUUAUAGUAACAACAUGUUUUUGUAUGUGUAAUAUUUGGGACAGCUUACACUAAAACUUUAUCUGAAACUCAGAUUUAACUGAGUAUCUUGUGCAUUAUCUGGCAACACUACUUCUAUUGCAUCAUCUUUACAUGGUUCCUAUUUCAAUGCUUUGCAUAUAGUAAUAAACAAGAAAGCAAGGGGUGGUCGAGAAAUGAAUAAUCUUUGAUUUUACUUCUACAGUCCAAAAUGCAGUGCCCUUAUUUGUAGCAUUUUAAACUAUAAAAAGGAGAGGUUAUACAUUGUAUCAGUCAUUUCAUGAUUCGUAAUGCCUUUAAGAGACAAGACUUAAUUACAGGACCUGCACAUUCAGUGUAUGAGAAAAAGACUUUGGUCUUUGAGUUAAAAAAAAAAAAAAUCCCCAGUCCAGUUGUUUUUCUCAAUACUGGAAACCAAUAUUUGAAAAGCUGUAAAAUUCGUUUAGUUAGAACAUGGAUUAAGUAGACUAAAAUUUGUAAAAGUCAUUAAAAAAUACGAUGCUAGCCAUGGUGUUUUGUGGAAUGAGGAAGGAACACAACAGUAUGAUGGCUUCAGUAGAUCUCAGACUUAAAAAAAACUAAUUGUGUAGCUGCUUAUCCUCUAGGUUUAUAGCUAUAUGAUUCCCAAAAUUGAAGUAAUUUGUAAAGCAAGAAGUUUUUAGUUUAAAGCCUUUGUAUGUGAAUAAUAUGGAGGGCUAUGGUAUCAUAUUAAGGAAUGGCAUCAAGUGAUAAAGCAUGACUCCAGUAUGACACCAAACUAAACAAAUAGAAUUAUAAUUCUGAGGCUGUGAUUCCCAGAUCUGGAGAAGUCUGUAGUCUGGAUACAUGUGUUAGUAGAGCAGAUAUCUCAAGAAGCUACCGAAAUACAAGAUUUAAAAACUAGCAUGAAGGCACACCUCAUACAAAAACAAAACAAAACCAGCAAACCACUGUCUGGAAAUCUGACCUCUUUAUCACCCAUUGGUUCAACUCCCAGCUCUCGUUGAUUUGUUUAUGACAACAAAAGCUCAUUAGAUCAGUCCCUACUGGUGCUUUGAGCUCCCCUUCUAGAAGAUAACCGAAUUGGGGUGGCGGGGAGGAAUAAAUACCACUUUAUUAGAAGAGGGAUUGAUACUUUAGACAGGACAGGUAGUGGCUACACUUGUGAGAUCAUUACGUAACCGGCUGGGAGAUGUAUACGUAUGUGAGUACAGGUCAAGGUAGUUCUAAUUUAGGAAGAAGGAGGCUAAAUAUUUUUGAGCAGUCUGAAUCUGCCGUAUGUGUUUCAUUGGGUUUCUUUUCAGAAUAUGGCCAAAAACAAAAGGGGAAAGGGAUCUCUAUCCAAGUUGUUUCUUUUUUUAGAGAAUCAAGUCACUUAAUAUUCCUGAUUGUUUCCUUAUCUUUAAGGAAGUGAAGCCACAUCAGGCAUAAAUGGCUUUCUUUUGUGCAAGGAUAAAAUUUGAGAAGAACUAAGCAUUUGUGGGUCAUAUUUUGAAAUUCAAUGUGUGAAUAGCAUUAUGGAGUUAUGUGGAAAACAUUCUAACUGGAAUCGAGGAACAUUACUGAGAAAAAUUGACACUGCUUUUUAACCAUUAAAAUACAAAUAUUACUGGAACUUAUUUGCAAACUUGCAACUUCCUAGUUUAAACCGUUAAUGCUGUGUAGUGCUUUUGAGUUCACAAAGUUGAAUCACAUAGCACUUUAUUUUCCAAAAACCUAAUGAGGUAGGUUUUAUCAUUUCCAAAUUACGGAAAUUGAAAAAACAGACCCAGCCAGCUAUAGCAAUAUACCCACAACUAUGCUUAGCUUCAGGAUCUGCAAUCCCAUUCCAUGUAAGGUUUAUGGAGUACCUCUUGGUGUAAAGCAUUGUGUUAGGAACAAAGGGUCCAUCUUUAAGCAAAGUCACGUUGGUAGCCAUUAGGAAGAAGGACAUGCAGGGACUGAGUCUGACCAGCUGAGCAGUUCAGUAGAGCAGUAAGGACCUGCUUGAACUAAGGCGUCGGGAGAAGAGACAGGGAUAUGAGGAAUAAUACUGCUCAGCUGGAUAUAAAGGCAGAGUGAAAUUUUCUUUUAUUGCCAACUCUACAUAUAUUUAAUUAAAAUAUAAAUGGGCUUGAACAUGACCUACAUAUAAAACAUGUUGCCACACCAGACACAAAGCCCUACUAGAGAUAUUUUUAAAAUAUAGUUAUUUUUACAGGUAUCUGAAUAAACUCAGCAACGUUGAAUAAGUCAAAUUUUUGACUAAUUAAAACCAUAGCUGGACUUUAAAAUAUGUCAUUGGUGGUAUUUUGGAUGUUCGUGUUUUUGUGUCCAUAUUGAACUGCUCUAUUUUACCACUCCAUUAUCACUUAGUACAGAAGUUCCAGGCAUUCUUAGAAAAAAAAAAGUGGUAAAUUCCCAGCAAGUGUUUUGGACUUUUCAUUGAAUUCUAAAGCUUUCUCUUUUUUCUUUACACAGUUUUCCCAAUAUGAAACAUGGCAUUGCAUUGUAAUGGAAAAACAAAGAAAAAAGAUACCAAGAAGCAUUUGUAUGUAUAGUCCACAGAAGAGGGACUCUGCCUGUUCUGUCAUUGACUAGAACAAUGCCUGGCACAUAGAAGGCACUCGAUAUAACUCCUAAUUGGUGAUGGUGAACUGAAUUUUCCCCCUCUGGUUUAGGGGUGAUCCUCCAGAGGCUGUGUUUCCAGUUAUAUAGGCCAAUAAAUCUUAACAACUUAAA